AUGGCAAUGGUUGGGCCGUUUAUAACAUUUAAUAACGGUGUUAAAUUUCCACAAUUUGGACUUGGUACUUGGCAGAGUACGAAAGAGGAAUGUCAGACGGCAAUCAGAGCUGCUCUAGAUGCUGGGUAUCGCCAUUUUGAUUCUGCUUUUGCCUACGGAAAUGAAGCCGAUAUUGGAGAAGUUAUAAAUGAAUAUAUUAAAGCUGGUAAAAUUGAGAGAGAAGAUGUCUUUAUUACAACAAAGCUUUGGUCAACAUUCCACGAUAAAGUAGAAGAAGGUUUUAAGAAGUCUUUAGAUAAUCUAAAUUUGGGAUAUAUUGACCUAUUUUUGUGUCACAACCCAAUGGCAUUUGAGGAUACUGGUUCUAGUGGUCUUUUUCCAACAAAAGCUGAUGGUUCACCCGCCAUCAAAAAUAUUCCCAUUGAAACAUCAUGGGCGGAUAUGGAGAAACUGGUUGCUACUGGUAAAUGUAAAUCUAUAGGUGUAUCUAACUAUGGUCCUAAACAGAUCGAAAGACUGGUACAGAAAGCUAAAAUUAAACCAGUAACCAAUCAGGUCGAGUGCCACGCCUAUUUUCCACAAGAUGAACUAUACACAGUCUGUAAAAAGCACAAAAUUACACUUACGUCAUACGCAACUCUUGCAUCUCCUGGUCGACCAGCUUAUAUUGUUGAUGACAAACACCCAAUUUUAUUACAAGAUCCAGUCAUUAAAAAAUUGGCUGAGAAAUACAAAAAGUCAGCUGGACAGAUCUUACUGAGACAGAUGGUUCAGAGAGGUAUACUUGUUAUUCCAAAGAGUGUGAACCCUAAAAGGAUCAAAGAAAACAGUGAGAUUUUUGAUUUCGAAUUAAGCCCAGCUGAUGUAAAACAGAUAGAAAGUUUGAACAAAAGUUUACAACUAUUUAAAGUAGAAAGGUAA